AUGACGGUUCGUGAUGUAACUGUUGACAUUGGUCAAGAUAAUACAACUGACGACUACACAACGUACUAUGGUGAUAAAGAUAAAAACUCUAUUACCCUUAACAAACGCGUUGAUCCAUAUAUAAAUGAUGAUAAAGCACUUACAGGAUAUAAACUCUAUGAGCAUAGAACUUCGCAGGGUUUGUGGCUCUGGGAAGAUUCUUAUAGAAUUAGUAGGGUUGAAUACAGAGGGAUUCUACAAAAUGUAAAAGAUUUAUCCCCUGAUGAUAGCCAACCUUAUAUUAAGGCAACUGUGAUAUAUUGGAAUAAUGACGAACAAAAUUUCUGCCCACUAUUACUCGGACUUCAUUUCGGAGCGAAAAAAAACUUUUAUACAAAGAAAGAGCCAUAUUAUACGAACAGAGAUUGGGAACCUGGAGAUGAUCUAAAGAAUCUACAGAAAACUGAUGAUUACAAGGAUGUACUUGAUAAGCUAAACGAAAGAUUUAAAAAUGUUGUGAUAGUGAAUCUUAAGGCAAAGAAGGAUGAAAGCUACUGCGGUCACCCUUCCUUGGACUGCUUUAAGGAGCUUGAAUGUAACUCAGAAACACACAGAUGUGCUGGAAAUGCUGCUAAAUUUCCCACAAUAACUGUCAAGGAAAAGAAGGAUAGGCCUUUUUCUGGUUAUACGAAGUUCAAACACUCUUUUAAAACGGGUAAAUUGAGACUCUUGAGUACCUACAAUGGUUCCUAUAUACCAUUUUAUGAUCAAAAUUUAUCUACUGAAUCCAAAAGUGUUUCUGUUUAUUAUGGAAUAGGGGAUUCUGUGAUGAAAAAACCUUUACUAUUGGAGGUGCCAGUUCAGGAAAGAUCAUUUCCAAAGUACAAGCAUUAUGCUCUGAGUGAUGGUAGAUGGAAACAUGACGCAUCAAUUAAGGAAUAUAACCUAGCACAUGAAUUAGAUGAACUCAAUUGCAGAUACAAUGGAGUUGCUACUCUUGAUAUAUCACAAAGGGGUAAUUAUUGCUGUAAACAUAGGUAUGGAAAGCAUACAGAGAGAAUUUCUGUCGUGAAUAAGGAAUAUAAUAAUCUUAAUAAUGAGUACAAAGUGUAUGAACAUAGCAUAAACAGCAACGUUGCCGAAGAAACUCCAAAAUCUUCUUUCAACGGAAAUAGAUUUAGGGAUGGUGGCAAUGAUCAUAGAUGGUCAGGGGGUCCUAUCAGUAACAUUAAAACGGUAUUGGUCUACUUCUCUGGAGAUUAUCCCAUUCUCAUAUAUGUAGACUCUACUGGUGAUCAUAAAUGGUUCAAGAGAAGACCUUGCAGAGGUUAUGGCUAUUGUGUUUGGACAGGUAGAGAUCUUGAUGAUCUAAAGGAUAAAACCCCCGAGGGUGACAGUGAUCAUACUAUUAACGACACUUUAAAAAAGAUAAGUGAGACUCUUACAAAAAAAUGCAUUCAUCUAUCAGACUUAGAAUACGGUAGCAACUUAUGCCUGGAAUAUAACCGUUGUUAUAUAGAUAAGUACAUUUUCCCAGAUAACGAGGAUCUCACGGAAGAUUUUGAUUUUGGUACUGGCCCUUUCGAUUUCCUGAAUUUCUAUGAUCAUACGUUGGACUUUUCUGACAGUUCACUGUACUAUCGAAUUCGUGAUUUCGUGGAAUCCUACGGUGAAAACUUUAUUAGCGAUAUAAGUGAUGUUGAUUAUUACAAGAUUGGAGAAGAAGAUGAAAGAGAAGGACUCGGUCCAGGAGCCAUAACAGGGAUAUCCGUUGCAAGUUUAGGUACAGGUGGAAGUGCUAUAGGAUUUGGAAUAUGGAAACUGUGGCCGGUAUUCGCAGCGCUACUCUAA